CGAGUUCCUUAGAAUUAUCUGCCUGUUUGAGCCCGAAUCAUACUACUUGAGCUCAUUUGUGGCCAAACAAUUUAUCUAAACUACUAAAAACAAGAGAAAAUGGCCGAUGAAUCGAAUUUAUGAUUUAGUAAUGAAGAUCAUGACGAUCAGAAAGCGAGGUUACAUUGGAUCUUUCUAACAUCGUCAGUCAUUUGCAGAGCGACAAUAUUAAGGCUGGACCUUCUCGCUUACCAUUAACAUUAAUGAAAUUUUCUUUUAACUUAACCUCAGUUUUGUAUGGUAAGCCAAUGUUAUACGUAGUGUACUAAAUGAUACAUGUUGGUCUUCUCGUUAAACUCCACGACCGUCGAUUCGAAUGAUACUUUCAUGAAAAAACACAACUACGACUAUGUCGCUUAUCGUUGGUGUACUCGCUACAAAGCUUGUGGUGGUGUCUUUCUUGCUCCUCGCUACGAAUGUGGUUAGCCAAGAUACUUCACAAGAUCAAGAUAAAGACGUUUUUAUUCCUAAAGUUGGCGGACUGACGAAUGCUAUCGUCUGUCAAGGUACCAAAUACGACUUAAGAUGUGCCAACUCGUCCAUGCUACUCGUUAUCAACAGUGCUACGUACGGCAGAGAAGAGCUUGGAAAAAUUAUAUGCCCUUACGACUCGAAGUUUGAGAAAGAAGACAAGGAUGACAAGACUAAAUGUAAAGAGGACGUCAAGCCAAAAGUCAAAGAACUUUGUCACAAAAGAAAGGCAUGUCAACUCUCUGCCACAAAAGAAGUCUUUGGUAGCCCUUGUAAAGGAAUUUAUAAAUAUUUGUUGGUCAUUUACGCCUGUGGUCUACCAGUCUAUGUACCCAAGAACGUGACAACGGUGAACGUGACCAAGCCGCCCAACGUAACGCAAAGUAACACAACUGUACCACCAACUACAUCAACGUAUAAUCGAACAAUGCGACUGAAUUCAAGYUGUACAACUAGCUAUGCUAUCACACCAGAACCCGUGACUAGUGUAGUACCUUUGUUACCAUCAACUAGUACUGUAGCCAAGACUGUUAAUGACGAUAAACAGCGGUCCAGUACAAGUACUGUCUCAUACCUCAAUUAUUCCACUACUAUUAUGGGACUGCAGUCAAGCGCUCCUUUUCGAUUAAGUACAGCAGGAACAUUAUUAAUAUGGUUUCUACACUUUAGGGAUAACUCGUCGUCGUAUAUAGCAGUAUUCGUGAUUACAUCUGUGUGUGCUGCUAUCAUCAUCGGUGGUGUGUUUGCUAGGUGUUGGUACCUCCGAAGACGAACAAAGUCACAGAACUUCGCGGUUCUACACAAACCCAAGCGAUUCUUUGAUCCGCCUCCGCAGUUCAAGCAAUCAAAUGGUCAUGUGAGCAGGCGUCCGUCACAUGACAUCAAUAUGAAUGACGAUUUGUUAGCAGACCGUUCGCUGACCAAGAGGUCUGACCUGGUGUUUACUAAAGCUGAUAUUGAGAGCACGCCACGACACAAACACCAGAAUCAAGGGUUAGCAAGCAAAGAUGAAGCUGAUGCACUUAAAGGAGACAAUUCUACCUUCUACGUGAAUCCCAUAUACGAUAAGAAUCGACAAGGCAGUACAGCAUCUGGAGGGAGCACCCCAUCUUCGCAUCCACGGACACAAGCGGGUCCUCAUAGGCUGAGCAAUGCUUCUGACAGUAAAACUGGUGUACUAGGUUCCCCUGCAAGAACACUUAACAAGCAACAACUGCGCUGUAACAGCAUGGGCAACAUUCCUCGUUCUAGUCAUUCCAGCAUGCAGAGAAGACACCCAAGCGCUGGAAAUGUUGCUUCGAACAAAGACGUGUAUCAGUAUCCACAGCAACAGAGCCUUCUAUACAAUGCACCACAAAUAAAAGCUGGAAAUUACCAAGGUCAAGGCCAAGGCAAUUACCAAGGUCAAGGUGGUUACCAAGGUCAGCCGAGAGGUCCAAUAAAUCAGUCGCCUGCCCGACAAGGCGUUGGACCGCACCCCAGUAAAAAUCCCAUGAAUCAAAAAGUAAAUGCACCUCAACAAGGCUCACCAACAAAAACACCGCAACGCAAUCGCCCUUCAGGACCGGGUGGCUCAACCUCGUAUCCGGCCCCUGGACACCAGGGGAGAAGGGGUAACCGACCAAACAGCCCGUAUGAAUACGGUUCAACAGAGAAAGACUCAUUAAUGGAUGGUCAAAGAUACCCAGGGAGUAACGAUCCAAAUACUAUACGCCACCAUGGAAACGCUCCAGGAGAAAUUGGCAUUACAGUCAACCCUGCCGCCAAUUCACAAGUUGGUCCCAUGCAAUAUCGUAGUAAUGGACCAAUGCCUUCAAGAGAGGGACAACAGCCAUUUGAUCCCGCGGGUAACCACAUCAAACAAUUAGACGACGUUUCGGGAUAUGGUAAGAUCAGAAGCAAACAACCAGCGGACACCCUAUCUCCUCUUGAUGUAACACAUGCUGAUUCAAGAUUUCUAGGAGCUCCAAAUUCUGAUUCACAUAGUUCUAGGGUAGUUGAGGGUAGUAGACCUCAAAUACAGUACCCUGCCCCCCCGGAUCCGGGAAGCGACAGUUCAGAGGAUGAUUUAUAUAGCAUUGUUGCUAAAGGCAACUAUGAUUCUGUCAUUAACGAUCCACUCAACGUGCAACAAGUGUUUAGACCCGAGAGGAAAAAGCAUAGAAAUCCUCCAGGGAAUACUAGUAGAACAUCCUCUAGAAAUUAUGUGAGCGGACGGGAUACAUCGGUUUGAACCAUGCAAGUAUAAUACGACUCAUGGCGAGGUAUUCUCGUCAAGAAGAACCUUGUCUCAACAUUAAUUCGAAGGCGUUUCUCGCAACAAUUUCAUUUCCCAAGAAUUUACCUAACGUUUACACGACUUUGGCGUGUGGAAGUUUUUAUAAUUAAUACUUUUGUUUGCAAAACAUACAGCGCGUAAUUUGGAAUAUCAUUUGAAUCGUCUUGUUCCCAGGACUCUCUCUUUAUAUAAAACGAGAGAAGAGCAUGGGCAAAGGUCUUUAACAGCAAGAUAGACAAAUAUUUCAUUUCUAAUUAGAUUCAUCUGGGGCGGCAGGCUGUGUUUCCAUCUUUGCUUUUUAACCAAACAAUUAGAACGAGAAGGCACCAAAACAAAACAAAAAAGUCAAUCAUUUUCGCUCUCUGACGUCAGAGUUUUCCGAUGGGCAGGGGAACGAGUCUUGAUUUGACUAUUCGAGUUGUGCCGCAUUUAACGGGACUUGUAACAUAUCCAUUUGUUUUCUUGUUUUAGAGACAAAACACAACGGUAUACGAAGCGAAGCGGACCUCCCUCCCUCGGACGGCGACACAGCCGACCGCCAGAUGACAUUUAGAAUGUCUUUCUCUAAGAAGAUGGAGCAAUUCCAGCAAACUCUGUUUAGCAAA